GAUGGAAGACGCCGUCGUCGUCGACGAGGAGCACCGACGACGUGGCGAAGACACUCAAUCGUCGGGCCAGUCGAGCCUUCCAUCGGACAUUGUGCAGUUCACUGCGAGACCCCACAUGUUAAUGGAAGAUGUUGAAUGCAGCCCGAUUGAGCCGACGGAAAAGGAAUGGAAUGAAUAUCGUGAUAGGGUUCAAGAAAAUGCGGAUCAAAUGGAAUUGCUAGGAGAUGACGAGUCGAGUGACACAGAAGAUCAGAAUGAUCUGGAUGAAGAGUACGAGGAUUAUUAUACUGAUUCAAAAUCCACCAGACGGGAAACAACGAAAGAAUUUUUGACGCGUCAAUUCCAAAAUAUUGUGCAUUUCUUUGUCGAGGACUGGUUCAUCUCGGCCGCACUUGGAUUCAUCACGGCAAUCUUUUCGAUUUUCAUCGAUAUGGGAAUUGAGUAUCUGAUUCAUUUCCGAAACUUCAUGCUAGAGUCUCUGGAGCAAUUCAACAACUACGCGGCGUUUUGUGGAUGGGUGUUUUAUAUUACUGGACUUGUGUAUCUCGCCGCGUUGGUGUGCUAUGGAUUUGGAAAACAGGCUGUUGGAUCCGGAAUUCCCGAAGUCAAAGUUAUCAUUCACGGCUUCCAACUGAAAAAUUAUUUAUCUGGGAAAACCUUGAUCGCGAAGAUGAUUGGACUUACGCUUACUAUUGGAUCAGGUCUUCCAGUUGGUAAAGAGGGACCAUUUGUACAUAUCGGAGCUAUUGUCGCCUCACUCCUCAACAAAGUCACCGCCGCUUGCCAAUACAACGCAUUUUUCUCCAACGAAGGUCGUGCCAUGGAAAUGUUGAGCAUCGGUUGUGCCGUCGGAAUCGCUUGCACAUUCUCGGCGCCUAUGGGAGCUGUACUGUACGGUAUCGAGUCAACUUCCAAAUAUUUUGCUGUGAAAAACUAUUGGAGAUCAUUCUUUGCCACUACCUGCUCUGCCAUGCUUUUCCGUUUUGCCAUUGCGUUCUUUGUGCCACAACAUAUUGCCGGAACCAUUACUGCCUAUUAUCAAACUUAUUUCCCAAAUGAGGUGUUUGUUGUCGAGGAAUUGCCAUUUUUCAUUGGUUUGGGAGUUAUGACUGGUCUUCUCGGAGCUCUCUUCGUCUAUUAUCACCGAAGAAUCGCGUUCUUCAAACGAAAAAAUCGCAUCUUCCAGGCCCUAUUCGGAAAAAGCCCAAUCCUGUUCACUGCCUGUUGUGCUGCAAUUUUCGCCGUUCUCGUCUACCCCAAUGGUUUAGGAAGCUACGUGGCCGGAAAAUACACUUUCCGUGAAACCCUCGUCGAUUUCCUCUCCAACUGUACCCUCUGGAAGCAAACGAAUGGGUCUGAAGGAUGUCCACCCCAUAUGUUGGAGCAUUGGUCGGGUCCAGAAGGAGAUAUGAUGCCUAUCAACUCUCUUUUGAUCUACUUCCUUUUCUAUUUUAUCAUCGUUCCAAUUUGUAUUACCUUGUACAUUCCAUCAGGAAUCUUCGUUCCAUGCUUCGUCAUUGGUGCCUGUGGUGGAAGAAUUUUCGGAGAAAUUAUAUCAAUGAUUUGGCCGUAUGGACUCCGUGGUCUCGGUCAGCCACAGAUCUACCCUGGACUUUAUGCCGUGGUUGGAGCUGCGUCAUUCACCGGAUCCGUCACUCACUCCUUGUCCAUUGCUCUAAUCGUUUGUGAAACAACUGGACAGCUGUGUGCUCUGCUACCUGUGCUCAUUGCCCUUAUGAUCUCAAAUGCUAUCUGUGCUUUCCUGCAACCUUCCAUUUAUGAUUCUAUUAUUAAGAUUAAUGGAUACCCAUACCUUGCAGAUUUGCCUCCAUCUCGUAUGAGUGUGCAUCAAAUGAAAGUCGAACGUAUCAUGGUCAAGGACAUCUUCUACAUCACCCGCGAGACCACCUACCGUGAGCUCCGCGAGAUGCUCCUCGAGAGUCCAACCCUUCGCUCCUACCCAUUUGUCACCGAUUCCCGCUCGAUGACACUUCUCGGCUCCGUCGCCCGCAAGUAUCUUCUGUACCUUAUUCAACGUAAACUCGGACCCGAGCCAGAGCUCUUCGGACAUCGUAGAAGCUAUAGAGCGCCGGCUCUCAAAUCGAAAAUUGUAAGUCGCACGGCAUCGGAAAUCUUCAGCACGAUCAACAAUCUAAGACGUGGCUCGCUCGCUGCGAAUGGUGCUCACAUGUCGUCUGGAAAUGCGUUGAUGACUGACAGGAAUAUCUCCGGAAACACUCUUCUUCCACAAUCUCCACUUCAUGAAGAUCAGGGAGAUCGCAGUCCAUUGGCCCCACUUCUGUACGCUCAGACUAAUCAACACGAGCCGAUUGUGCACUCUUUGGCAAAGAGAGCUGAAAUUCUAUCAAAGAAAUUGGACAUGGAAGAAGUGGCAAUCGAUCCGGCACCGUUCCAGUUGGUUAGAGGCACCUCUCUUUACAAGGUCCACACCCUGUUCUCCCUUCUUGCUCUCAACCAUGCCUAUGUUACUGAAAAAGGUCGUCUUUGUGGUGUAGUUGCCGUGAAGGAACUUCGUGAGGCGCUCAGUAACAUCUACAGUAGAGGAGCUGUCGUCCCGAAACAGAGAAUCCGAACAUCCACAUUCCGACUCAAUCCAGAACAAGAUCUUGACCGUGAGCUCCAAAACGGCCAUACAGCGGAGCCAAACGGCGCCCCAAUCAGACAACCACGUGUCACAAUCGAUGUUCCUGAAAACGCAAAGACGGAUGACGAAACCCGCUAAAUUUUGUGAAAAAUUUCAAAUUCUAGUCAACCAAACAGUCAAUCAUUCCUUCCAUUAUUAUUAUUAUUUUAAAGCGUCCCCCCCGGUUGUUUCCUCUUUCUCUCCCAGUUUCUGUAAGUAGUUCUUCUCUCCAAAAAAACAAAACAACGAGUUGUUCCCAAUUCCCCAGACGUUCCUAAGGAAUUGUGGGAAAAAUUAAAAUUAAAAUUAAAAUUAAAACCGAAUACAUAAUUCAUUCAUUGAAAAAUCCCGAUUUGUAUAUAGCAGUCAUAAUUUCAUAAUUUCUCCUGAUGAGUUUCCCGUGAAACAUUGUUCUUCUUUCGACAGUGAAUAAAAGUUUUAACUACCUAAU